UUUGCCCUCUCAUUUUCCUUUCAACAAACCAGAAAAGAACCCUCAUGAAUAUCUCUUCCCAUUUUACCCUUUGCUUCUUCUUCUUCUUCUCAACCUUUCUUCUCAUCAUAUUUUUGAAUUUUGACUUUCACAGCUCACUUGAGGAUUCAAUGGCGUCUUCCUUUAGGGAAAUGAAGCCUUUGUUUCUUGCCAAUCAGAAUCAGAUUUUAGCUGCAUACUUGGAGCCGGAGCGAGCGCUUAACCACCGUAGAAAGCUUUCAAUGCACGAAAGAUGCAGCAACAAAGACAUAAGCAUUUCACAAAGUAAAGAUUCAACAUCAGGAAUUCCAGAGUUCAUAGUGCAAAUUGCAAACACUUGUCUCUCAGUUAAUUGUGCACCGUCGGAUAUCCAUCUCCAUUGCGGCUGGUUUGCCUCUGCAAAAAUGGUUAACCCUUCAAUUUUCAAGAGAAUAUUUUACGAUGAUUGUUUGGUCAACGGAGGGAAGCCAUUGAAGAUCAGCCAAACCAUUAGAUUCACUUACUCUAACUCUUUCAUGUAUCCUCUCACUUUCAAAUCUGCCAACUUUUGUUGACGGGAUUGAAUUUAAGAUUUAUUAAAAAUACACGUGAAAUUAAAAUUA